CUGUACUUUAGAGAAAGCCACACCCUGCAAGCUGAAGAAAAAACCUCAGUUUCGUUUCUCUUCACACACUUUGAAAAUGGCUUCUGCUGGUCUGAACGAUGAGCUUACCUGCUCUAUAUGCCUGAGCAUCUAUAAAGAUCCUGUAAUGCUACCGUGUGGGCAUAACUUUUGUGAUCACUGCAUUGUGCAUACUAUGGACAGCCAGACAGGAUCUGGGAUUUACACUUGCCCUGAAUGCAGAGCAGUGUUUAAGCAGCGGCCAUCUCUGCAGAAAAACCUGAAGCUGAGUAACAUUGUAGAACGUUAUCUUUGUACUCAGCCAAAGGAGACAAAAUCUGAGGUCUUUUGUUCUUACUGCAUUGCUUCACCAGUGCUUGCUGUGAAAACAUGUCUUCAUUGCGAAGCUUCCAUGUGUGAUAUGCACCUGACAACCCACAGUAAGUCUGAAAAACAUGUCUUAAUUGAACCCACUGCCUUCAAGGAAGAAGGAAAUAAAUGCCUAAUCCAUAAUGAGCUUCUAAAGUACUUUUGCCCUCAAGAUUCUGCACUGAUCUGUUUAAGCUGCUCCAAAGAAGGUAAACACCACAGACACAGUUGGGAACUGAUAAGUGAUGCAUUUGAGAAAAAAAAGACAACGCUGUUAGAUUUUCUCCAGAAAUUAAAUUUAAGAAGAACUGAAAAUCAAAAACAACUAUCGAUGCUGCAGGAGCGCAAAAAGAAAGAAGAAGGCAGGGCAAGUGACAUGAAAGAAAGGGUGGCUGCACUGUUCAGUGACAUAAGAGAAGAGGUCUUGGCACUAGAAAAUAAGGUAAUAAAUGAAAUCAUUAGACAAGAAGAAAAAGUCUCACAUCCCCUGGCUGAUCUAAUCCAGAGGUUUGAAAUUGAAAAAGCUGAUCUGUAUGCCAAAAAGUGUCACAUUGAGAAGCUGUGUAGUGUCAAAGAUCCACUAACCCUACUAAAGCAACCUGCCAUCACAAGUGAUUUGGGAAAAAAACAUUUGGAGGUAGCCGAUAUCUCUAAUUUUGAUGGACUAACAAUUGAUGUGACAUUGCAGAAAGGUCUCUCAAGACUGACUGACACUAUUCCCAAACUCAAACUAUCGAGGGGUUUUUAUACAGAAGAUGAAUCUGACAUGAUUCUGAAUGUUAAUACAGCUGACCCAAACAUUGCUCUUUCACCUCACUUACGACGUGCAUCUUAUUGCCAGAAUGAAGUCUCACGGCCUCAUCACCCAGAGAGAUUCAUGACUCAACAAGUGCUAAGCAAAAAUAAAUUUUCCUCAGGACAGCAUUAUUGGGAAGUAAAAUGUGCCAAUACAGGAGACUGGUACAUAGGUGUGACAUAUAACAGUGUCAAAAGAAAAGGUGACAGAUCAUGUAUGGGAAACAAUUACAAGUCUUGGUGCUUAAGGUGGGAGGAUCAAGAAUUUUCAGCAGACCAUGAUGAUGAGUCAGAAGAUUUAUAUAUAGAACCAUCCACUUUCCAUUUUGGGAUAUAUCUGGACUAUGAGGGUGGGUGUUUGUCUUUUUAUGAAUUAUCUGAACCAGUCAAACAUUUAUAUAGUUUCAAGGCAGAUUUCACAGAACCUCUGUAUGCUGGCUUCUAUAUUGGGGAAGAUAGCUGGAUCUAUAUUGGGAAAUAAGGUGGGAAACUACAUUAUUAAUGAAGAUACAAGCUACUUCUCUGUCACAGGUUAAUAAGGUAUGGGUAAGGACCCAAAACUGUUUAUGGAUCUUAUUCAUUUUAAUAUAGUGUAAUACUCACACACUUUAACUACAAUUUUACUUUUAAUAAGAAUGAUCCACUAUAGUUAUCUGUUAAUGAUUCCAUAUGCAUAGCCAGAAUAUAAUACAGGUUUAGGAUCUAUUAUUCAGAAUGCUUGGGACCUGGGCGUUUUUUUGGAUAAAGGAUCUUUCUUUAAACUGGAUCUCCA